AUGUUGAAUCAGGGCGGCCACUUCUAUGUCUGUGGAUCUGCACGGCAAGUGCCCGAAGACAUCUAUACUGCCAUGAAGGAGGUAAUGAUGGCACACGAGCGAUGUCCUGAAGAGGAGGCGGAGGCGAUCCUCUCAAAUUUGAAGAUGGAAGGCCGUUACACGGUGGAAGCUUGGUCGUGA